AUGAAAGUCAACGUAUAGGAAAAUCAAUUUUAGAAACAAUUGCCAAACAUAUCAAAGACACCAUAAGCAAAAAGCUAAUAAACUUUAGAAUAAAUAUUUAAUACAACCCUUAAAUAACCAAGACAAUUACAUGAUCAUUCAAUGAAAUCACUUCAUAAUAUCAGUAAUGUCUCAUUUAUUCGAAAUGAAAGGCAUGAUAUCAAAUAAGAUGUAUAUAUUAAAAUAUUUAACUCUAGUAAUAUUAUACAUCUCCAUUACUUAAUAAAACAUAAUUACUUGAAAUUGAGAGGUAGAGUAAAUAGAGAAAAAAUGAAAUGUAUUCCCAAAUGUUAAGUGAAAAUCCAUUUAAAUUUAAUGACUCUCAAGAAGAAAUGAUUUUAGAACAUCCAAGAAGUAAUUAUUUAAAAUAUUGAUUAUUUUUAUAGAAGUAUCUUCUAUUCAUGUUAAUCUAUUUGAUUUGAAGGAUAAAGAGAAACUAACUCAACUCUUACAAGAAACUAGCGAGUUUUCAGAUAAACUCUCGAUACAUAACCCACAAAUAAAACCAGCUAAUGUUAUAGUUUAAAGAUAAGAUGUUAUUAAAUUGGCCUAGUGGAUUGAUUAUUAAAUGAAAAUAAUAGUGGAAGACACUAAACUAAAAGAAGAUUAGAUGCUUCAUUAAGUUGAGCAUGUCUUUAAUUAAAGUCUUAAAGAAUUAAUUAGAGAAAUAUCGCUAGAUUGCAUUGAAAAGGGGUAUGAAUUCUUAAUAUAAUUAGAGUAUUAUUGGAGAAGAUUUGGAAUUAGUAUGUUAAUUUUAAUAAUAUUGUAAUUUAAGCUAUUUAAUAAGAGAAAAUCAAUUCAGAAAAUGAGUAUUUGAAUGAUUUGAAAUAAGUAAUUCUUAUUAUUAUAUAUUAAUAAAAUAGGUUCAUCAAACAUAUCAAAUUUCAGUAUAAGUCUUAGAAGAUAAAAUUAAAUUAAUCGAAUCAUAAAUGUAAUCAUUAUAAUAUAAAUAUAAUGAAAAAGUAGUUGAUUAUGAUAAUUUAUUAUAAAAAUAUGAGUACUUAUUUAAUUAGUACAAAGAAUUAAAGUCAGAAGAUUAAGAAUUAAAAAAUGAUUAUUCAAUUGCUAUGAAUGAUAUAGAACAAUUAAAUCAAAAAAUCAAUAAUUUGUAAAUAGAAAAUCAGAAGAUUUUAAAAUAAUUAAAUGAUAGAAUCAAUUACAACUUUUAAAAAUCUAAAAGAUAAUCUUACAUUUUCUCUGAUACUGAUGCUCUAUAUCCAGAUCAUAAAUCUACAAGUUGUUAUGAUUUAUAUACAACUAUGGAAAUUCAUGUCAAUUAAGCAUCCCAAACUACUCAAUUUUCUGAUUUACGUUCUUCUGAGACUCAAACAGAUUUUAAAUAUUUUAAAUAAGUUGCUAUCUAAUGUUCAGAUUUAAUUUUUGAUGAAUCAAGUCCUAAAUCUAAUUUUUAAAAUGAAAAGUAUUAUUUUUUAUAUCUAGAAUUAAUAAUAAUUCUUAACAAGAUGAAGUUAGAAAGUUAAAAGAACUUACUUUUGCUUUAGAAGAAAGAAUAAGAAUGGAAGUUUAAGCAUAAAAUGAAUUAAGAAAAUAGAGAUAACUAAUUUAAAGGGAAAGUGAUUCAUAAAAAAUUAAAAUAACAAAUCUAGAAAAUACUAUUACUUAAUUAUAAAUAGAUAUAGAUAAUUUAUAGAUGUAAAUCGACAAUAAGUAGGAUACAAAAUAAAAAGAGAUUACAGUUGUUAGUAUGGAUUAAAAAAAUAGUGAUUAAUAAAUGUCUCUAGCUCCAUAAUUAAACAAUUUGAAAACUUAAUAAAAAUAAGAAACCUAACAUAAAACUUAAGAAAACCUUCCAGAAAUUAAAUAAGGAAAUUAAUAAAAAAAAAAAGAAAAUAAUUUAGAUUAAGCUAAACAAAUUCAAAAAUUAUAAUAAUCUUAAUAAUAGUAACAAUAAUAAUAAUAAUAAUAAAUGAAAUAAACAAAUACUAAUAGUUUUAAUAAAGUAAAAUCAGUUGAUGUAAAAGAUUAAAAAAAAUCUGUCAAGAUAAUUAAAAACUCUUAAAUUAUUCCGAGAAAGACUUCCUAAGAUUCUAUCCAUAAUAAUAUUAGUUAAGAAACUGAUAAUAAUAAUGCAAAUUCAAAUGAGGAUUUCUUAAGUAAAGCUUUAGAAGAACUAACAAAGGAUGGACGCUAGUUAAAACUUACUUAAAAUUAAAAUUAAAGAGUUAGUAUUGUGCAAUAAAGAAGACAAACAUAAUAAUAAAAUUAUAUUCUUAUUUAAUAGGAGAAAUAAUGUAAAUAUUUUGAUAAAAUUGAUAGAGCAAAUAUUAUAGAGAUUGUUAAAAGAUAAAAAAGAAAAUAUUUAUGUUGACGUUGCUUUAGCUUUCAUAAAUCAAUUACACUAAGACUUUAAAUUGAAUCCUAAUCAAGUUGAAAAUACUUUAACAAUUUAAAAUUCAUUAAAAUAAAUAUCAUUAUUUUACAAAGAGAAAUUAGAUUCUAAAUAUCCUCUUUACGCUAUUUGUUAUGAGUAUUAUAUGAAUUAAUAUGGAUUAAAAAAUGUUGCUGAAUAAAAAAUGACUCAAUUUUGUUAAAGUCUAAUAGUUUAUCAAUAAAACUACAGAAUCAAAUUAUUUGCUCGAUUUUUACAAUUGUAUGAUAAUAUAUCAAAUGAUGAUUUUGAAUUCUACAUCUAAUCCUUAAAUUAAUUAGAUGAACAUUAAAAUUCUUAAAAUUUAAUCUCUUGUACUCCAUCAUAGGAUUGUGUUAUGGUUCUAUUUUAAAAAGUUAAAUAAUAAUUAUAAAUAUUUAAUAAUACUGGCAAGGAAUUGAUUGAUAAAUUAAUGGUUAAUAUCAAAAACAUUAAGGGAGAAUAGUAUUUAGAUUUGGAUUAAUAUUAUUUAGAAGCUUUAGAAUAAUUUUAAUUUAUAAGAAAAAUACAAAAUGAUAAUUUUAAUUAAUUAUUUUUAGCCAUAGAUGUUAAUGAUGAUCAAAAAAUAAGUCAAAACGAAUUUAAUAUUCUUUAUUCUUUAAUAGAAGACAAUAAAAAUAUUCUCAAAUAUAAAAAACUAUUUUAAUUAGAAUGUUAAAAUUGUGAAGGUCUUAAUUUCUAUUAGUUUGGGGUUUUUUGCAUGCAUAAUAAUUUAUUUACAAAACAGAAAUAAGAUAAAUUCUUUUUUUCUAAUUAAGCAGAAUAAUCAUUAAUUUAACUAAAAAUUACUUGGGGACAUUAAAGAAAAAUAAUAAGUUAAAGAUUAAGAGAUUCAAAUAAUUUCACAUAAUAUUAUCAAGAUUUGAUAAGAAAAUUAGAUGAAGUAUAAAAAUAAUAAAUUUAAUAGGGUCUUAAAGGGAAUUAAACAUAUGCUUGGAAUUUAUGGAGAAUAUUAGAGGAAUAAUCAAAAAAACUUAUAUUAAAUAAUUAAUUAAUAAAUUUGA